CACCUCAUCUGAGCAGACAGCUUUUGCCAGUCGACUGGGAACUAGCAUGUACUGAAGUUGUCUGCGUGAGAAAUAUAACCCAGUGCCAACCAAAAAAACUCAGUAUUGACACAAGACAACACAUGAAUGCAACUUUGUAGACCUUAAACUCUUGAGGAUGGGUGAACACUACAGAGAAAGCUACUAUGGAUCCUCGUCCUCAGACCUGAGAUUGCUUCUUUUGGGGAAUAUCGGAUGUGGAAAGACAGCAUUAGCGGACACUAUCCUGGCCCAGCUUUCCCCCAUUUCUCCCGGUGCCUCCAGGAGCUGCCAGCUACGGCAGGGCUUCAUUGAAGGCAGGAAUGUGACCCUGGUGGAGGCACCGAGAUGGUACUGGAGUGGUGGCAAGAUGGAGGACGGUGUCAAAAAGGAGACACAGCGAGCAAUGACUCUGGUACCACCAGGCCCACAUGCUAUUUUGCUGCUGGUGCCUGUUAAUCAAUUCACAGAGGUGGAGACACGUGUGCCUGCAGAGUUGGAGGAACUGUUUGGACAGGAGGUGCUGGACCACACCAUGGUCAUGCUGACCUGUGGGGACUACUUGAUGGGAAAAACAGUGGAGGAGUACCUGCAGAAAGAGCACCCAGGCCUGAGGCAGGUAAUUGAGGGUUGCGGAGGACGGUACCAUGUCAUCAAUAAUCGUCAGCGACAGGACAGGGACCAGGUCCGUGAGCUGCUGGAAAAGGUGGACAAUAUGGCGCGGAAAAACGGGUUAUACUACAUGAAAACAGUCCAGGAUAGAGAGCUGGAAAAACGGGUGAAAGAAAAAAAGGAGCAACUUAUGGAAAGUUUCAGGGCUCAAAAGGAAGAGAAGAAAAAGACCCACACAUCAUCUUAUACCCCAAACACAGAAAGUCAAGAGGAAGAGUACUUCAAUGCCAUUUCAAGAGAGAGAAGGAGGAGACAGGAAGAAAAGGAGGGAAUGGUGGAAGGAGUUAAGGUGAGCCAGGUGUCCAAUGAGUAUGUCAGUGCCAUAUCAACAGAAUCAAGGAGGAGAAGAGAAGAAAUGGAGGAAAUGGUGGAAGGAGUUAAGGUGAGCCAGGUCUCCAGUAGCCUUUAUUCAACUCCAGCUCUAGAGCGACAGCCAUCCUCCGAGCUCUGUGAUACCGGGGAGUUAAAAAGGAUACCCAGUUUCAAACUGAAUCGAGAUGGAGCUAUACUCUCCCAAAUGUCAGAGGAUAAAUCAACUCAAAAAGUGAUCUCUACUUUUCACCACAGAAUUAACAGCUUUGAAGAGAGAUCACCCGAGGGUUCGCCUACCACUACUCCUCUUUCGCCAGUCUUCUCCUCUUCCUUCCCCUCCUCACCAACUUUUGCUGCCUCUCCUUCCUUGAUCUCCUCAUCCAGCUCAACCCCUUCUUCCCCCUCAUUGUCCUCAUCCUCAUCUUCUCCGGAGCUUCGUCUGGUGUUGCUUGGAAGAUCUGGAUCAGGGAAGAGUGCAGCUGGCAAUGAAAUACUGGGGCAGGAAGCCUUUGAGUCACGUCCAGACAGCCUCAUAGCAAUCACACAAUGGUGUGAGAAAAAGAAGGCAUUGGUUAAAGGAAGAAGGGUGGCAGUGGUGGAUACUCCAGACUGGUUCAAUUCAGAGCGCACUCCAGAUGAGGUGCGAGCUCAGAUCUCCUCCUGUGUGGCUCUGUCCAGUCCCGGCCCGCAUGUCUUCCUCUUUUGUGUUCCCUUAGACCAGCCUGCAAAGACCGAGCUGCAGGCUCUUGCGUCACUAGAGGCUGUUUUUGGGCCUGAAGCAGUCUGGAGACACACUUUGGUCCUCUUUACUUAUGCUGAUUGUCUCAGGGCAAGUGGGAAGGCCAAAAAUAAGAACAUUGAGGCAUACAUUGCUGGUCAGCGAGGAGAUUUGUUAAAGAUUGUGGAGAAAUGUGGGGACAGAUUUCAUGUUUUGGAGACAGAAAGAGGUGGGGGAGAGAAGAGCAAUGUUGCCGACCUGCUAGAAAAGGUGGAGCAGACAGUGAAGGAGGCCGGGGGGCAGUAUUAUUCUUGUCCUGCUUUUCAGGAGGCCGAGAACAGAGUGAGGCAGAAACAGCAAGAGAUGGCAAGAGAGAAACGAGGCGAAAACCUAGCAAGAGUAGAGGAUGUUGGCCCACUCAGCUCUGAAAGGCGAAAGCUUUAUCCUUACAUGCAGUCUGUUUCUGAAGUAGACGAGGAAGUGACGGAAGAUGAUAUUGAGAAAACAAGGGAUGAGGCCGAGAUGAGUGUAAGUACUACAAAUAUUGAGAGUCUUCCUCCAAUUACACUUUCGACCAUAUCCCCUUCACUACUUAGUUCCAUAAUGGAGAAGAUGAGCACGGGUGCAAAGAAUUUACCCAAGCUGUUGGCAGAUAGCUCUGUGUGGGUUGGAGAGGGAGCACAGAGGAUGAAAGAUAGUGGAAUGUGGGAAAAAGUUGGCACUAGUGCACAAAGUGUCCAAAAGAUGGUGGUUGAUAGUUCUGUGUGGGAGAAGGUAGGAGUUACUGCAGGAAAUCUCUCCAAAGCAGUAGGAAAUAAAGUUCCCAAGGUAGUGGUAGAUGGUUCUGCAUGGGUGGGAUCUGGAGCAAAAGCAGCGGCUGCAAGUCCAAUGUGGGAAAAAGUGGGUUCAGGGGCCAAAGUCAUGGCAGAGAGUUCCAUGCGUGUCGGGGCUGGAAUUGGAGCUGGGGCAAAGAAUUUGGCACAGAGUCCCGUGUGGGGAAAAGUAGGCUCUGGAGCCAAGGCAGGGGCCAAAAUGGUGGCUGAGAGUUCAGUGUGGGAGAAAAUUGGAAAUACAGCUAAACAGGUGCCCAAAGUAGUCAUUGGCGGGGCACUGCUGGGUCUGGUGCUCGGUGUGCUUUUGGGCGGUGUGAUUGGCGGAGCUGUUGGGGCAGCUGCUGGAUCUGCAGUAACAGAGGUGGGCAGGCGAAAACUCAGCAAGAGAAGCACAACAGAGAAGACAGAAGACGCUGCAAGAAACGUUGACAGAACAGUAAACAAGAACAUCGACGCAGUGAGAAAACGGGGAGAGAAUUUUUUGAAAACUGAAUGAAGGACUGACAGAUGUUUGUAUAUAAAAUGUAUAGCAAAUGUAAAAGUGCUUUUUUUUUUUUUUUUUUUUGUGAAAUAAUAUUUUCAGCUUUUUGACUGUUGUGUAAUUUUUGAGGCAUAAAAUACUUUAAAAUGAAUUUGAUUUGAGACGAUUAUAACUUCAGUUUAUCGCUACAUGUUUUAUUGAGACACUCGAUAAGUACAGACGAGUGUGACAUUUAUUAAUAGAUGAAUUACACAUAUUGAUAUUGAAGCAAUAAUAUAUAAAUGAAAAUACUUUUCUGAAUGUUGAUACAUGUUUGCAAGACAUCAAAAUAUGCAAAGGAAUGAUAAAACGUAUGACUAUUUUUGAUAAUGUCAAAGGCAGUGAUUUAACAAAACGAGUGAGUAAAAAGAAUAUUAAAAUCUGUAUAUUGAUGGAAAUUCUGUAAAUUAUACCCUGAAUUGGUCACAGUGUUUUUUGAUUAAAAGUUGUCAUCAGAAAGUCAUUGCAUUUUUGUGUGUUUUUGGUGCUGAACCACAGAGCAUGAAAAAUUCUUUACGAACAUUUUUGAUUUAACAACAAUAGACAGUCUUUCACUUUUUAACCUUUAUAUACUGAAGUUGGUUUCACGUUUAUGAAAUCUUUGACAGUAUUUUCAGCAAGCGAAACCUGCUUCAUGACUACAAACAUUAUGACAUUACUUCUCACAUUCAGGUUUAGGCCGUAAUGAAUGUGUCAAAUUCAGUUCAGUAAGAGAUUUUGCAUUUGUAAUUAUUUAUUAUAGCAUCAGAGUAUAGUUACUUUGCAUCUAGCUUGAGUUCAUCCUGCUGAUUUUAUAAAUUGAGAAGUGAUAUUUUUCUCCCUGUAGCCUACAGGUGGAUGCUGGGGGUGGAGAGUUUGAAAAAACAGGCAGCUAUGCAGAAGAGCAGAGGUAUUGACCGUAAAAUGAUUUUACCUGUGUAAGACUUAACACAGAUCAAAUUGUAUGCUAGAACUAUGAACCCUAUUCCAAAAAAGGGACAGAGUUUAAGAUUAAAAUAAAAAAAUAAAAAAAAAGUUUGGAAAUGUUAAACUAAAUUUAUUCACAACAGAAGGCAGAGAACAAAUGGUUAAACUGCAAUGUCCAAGUCCUAUCUUGUAUAUAAAUUUAGCUUCUCAGCAGUCAUGUGUCUUCUUUGUCAUAUUUUUUGUUUCAUUAUGUGCCAAAUGUGUUUGUGAAAGCACCCAGCCUCUCCUAGUAAAUCAUGCUGUUGUAACAGAUGCUGUAUGCAUCUAUUGCAGCUUGUUGAAAUAUGCGAUGGCUUCCCUGGAAAAAAGAUGUCAUCUGCAUGGAAGCAUGCAUGUCAUGGACAUCUAAUAUUAAUUGUUGGCCUUGACAGAGAUUUCUCCAGAUUCUUAGACUCGUUUGAUUCCAUGUAGCGUAGAUGAUCCAAAGUCAAAUUUAUGUUGAUGAACAUUUUUCUGAAAUUGUUGUUUGUAGAUGCAGUUUUUUGCUGAUUAGUAAACAUGAGCCCAUCUUUGCUUCUGAGAAACUCUGAGAAACAGAUGGUGUUUUUAUACACAUUCAUGUAACUGUCCUAUUUUCAGUGUUCCUCCAGCAGUGUCUUUUUAGGAAUGCUUAAUUUUCCAGCCUUUUGUGGCCCCAUCCCAGCUUUUUCGGAUGUGUUGUGGAGAUUAAAAUAAGAUAAUAUUUUUCUCAAAAUAGUAAAAUCUCAGUUUUUUUGAUCUGUUUUCUGUUCUCUUGUGAAUAUGUGUUUAUGACAUUUGCAAAUCACUAUUUUUUUUUGUUUACAUUUUACGCCACAUCCCCAAAUCUUUUGGAAUUGUGUUUAUAGUUUGCAGAAUUCACUCCGUUUAUUGGAUUUAUUUACGUAAGUGGGUGUGCUUCUGGUCGUAAGAGGGACACAACUGAGGGUGGGAGGAGGAGGUAGGGUGGAGGCAUCGGCAUUAUCUCUAAGUCCCAGGCUGGCUAGCAUCACCCUGCGCGGCCUCCUGUAUCAGAAGUCGAGAAGGUUGACAUCCCAGGAGUUUGAAUUACAAUUUUGAGGGUUUAUUUCCUGAACUGUACUGUGCAGCCAUAAAAAUAUUUUUGAAUAAAUAACAGUAGUAACAAUAGUAAUAAUACAUUUCAACAGUUUGCUUUUUUAUCGGGACAAGCUUACAAGAUAAAACGGGUUAAUGUCUAACCCAUAAAUCAUAUAUUGUUAAACAACUCAAAUAAAUCUAGUGUGUUAUCCAAAAAAUCUUUGAAUAAUUCAAUUUGUACAACUGCAAAGUGACACACUAUCUUUAAUUUGCAUGACCCCUGCUUCACUCUGUAAUCCUCUCUGAGGUUUUAGAGUGAAGCAGGGAGGAGAAGGCCCAGCUUAGCACAGCCGAGUGGGCAGAUGCAGUCACAGCAAUGUUGUGAAAGCAGUUCUUCCUGUUGUAUGAUCCUGAAACCAAGUGUGCAGGGCUUCCCAGGGCACCCUGGUGGCUGUUUUCUCUUUCUUUUCCUCCUCCUAUCUUCCCUUCUUCUAUGCAGCGGUUGCUACCCCACACAUCCAAACACCCAUCAAACAUGGUACAGUCACACCGCCACCACCCAACCUCCAGGAAACUCGUUGGCCGUAAAUGAGACAGGACUAACUGUAAGCGUUUCCUGGCCAAUUGAUAGACAGACACCCGCACCACGGCAACAGCUGCAAGCCCCCUCCCUCCCGAACACUUUUCACUUUCCUCCACCAUUCUGAACCCCAUCUUCAACCGCAUCCCACAUCCACCCUGACUUUCCGCAAACGCAACCACACACGAAAAAAAUUGUUGCCUUCACAGUUUUUUUCCCUUGUUCUUCAACAUAUAACGCACAUACAUGCACACACUGUCUUCAUUUUAAUUCACCACAAAUUUACUUGUGAUCACAAAUUGUGCCUAUAAUGUUGUAUUGUAUUGUCAGACUGGGCAUUCAUCUGUAAAUCCUCCACCAGUAUAAAAACGCUUUAAAGUCUGCUUCUUGGGAAAACCUCAUUGCCUUGUGGAAAACAUUUGUUUUUCGGUUUGCUGGACUUGCUACAGGAAUGGCAGGGCAACUGUAGAUCCAUGUUCUCGGUGUCACGUCACUCACUAGUUUUAUUUUUUGACUUGUGUUGUUUAUGGCUUCCAUGCUGAAACACUAUUGUCAGUCAUCUGUCAUUCUGGUGAACAGCACACGUAAACAGCAUGGAGUUGUGCUUUGGCUACUCGCGCUGACAGCUUUGUUAUGGACAAACAGAAGGACACAUGACUUACGUGCAGAUUUUUCAAAAUAAAGUUAAAAGAAGCGAACUUCCAAUCACCAUAAACCAUUUUAAUCUCAUAAUCUAGCAGUUUGGUCAUUGUGUUCAUUUUAUGCUACUUACUGGUGAGUUUGAGCAUACACAAGUAUGCUAAACCGA